AUGUCAAAACCUUCUGUUCUGAUAGUUGGCGGUGGUGCUUUUGGUACAUCCACUGCUUUCCAUCUCUCUCAUCGUGGGUAUGCGUCAGUCACGGUUUUGGACCGCUUCAAUGCACCAUCAACAGACGCCGCUGCUACCGAUCUCAACAAAGUCAUCCGGUUUGACUAUCCCAAUCCCUUGUAUACAAAACUGGGGCGAGAGGCAAUGGAAGCGUGGGUUUCGCCAACUUCCAUCUUCACUGGACUGUUCCGGAAGACAGGUUGGAUCAUGUCUGGGCAUGAAAUGACAACGGGUUGGCUGAGCAAAGCCUAUGACUUGGCGAAGAAGGAGAAGCGGGAAGGCGUUCGUUACCUGACUGCAGCUGAUAUUAAGCAGCAGUGGCCAGCGUUCACUGGUGAGUUUCCGGGCUGGACCAACCUGUGGAGUCCGAACGCCGGAUGGGCUGCAUCAGGCCAGGCCCUAUUGCGCAUGGCUAAAGCAGCGGAAAAUAAUGGCGUCAAGUACAUUUGCGGUACAGCUGGGCAGGUCAUUAAGCUCGUGUACGAAGAGGGUGGGAAAUGCAUCGGCGCGAUAACAGCCGAUGGCAGCUUGCACCGAGCUGAUAUUGUCAUACUGUCUGCUGGCGCACAAACAGCUGCGCUGGUGGAAGCAAAGGACGAGGUAGAAGCAUCGGCUUCGGCUGUGACAGUAAUUGCACUUACCCCACAGGAGGCUGAGAAGUACAAAGACAUUCCGAUCAUUGAUGACUUCGAGCAAGGAAUUAUUUUCCCACCAGAUGAGAACGGACUGUUGAAGUUGUGCAGCUGUCGAUUUGUUACCAACUAUAAAAACAAGCGAUCGCCGGGGGCAUCAAUUGGCCAGUCACACGCAGACUAUCCCCAUGAUGGAAUUCCAAUGGAGAUUGACCAGGAGUUACGGGUCUUCCUGCGUGAAAUGAUCCCAGAACUAGCAGACAAACCUUGGUUAACGACGCGGAUGUGUUGGGACGGAAUGUCGAAAGACCUGAACUUCCGCAUUUGCCCCUAUCCACGCACGAAAAACCUGUACCUAGCUUCGGUCGGUGCGAACCAUGGAUUCAAAUUUCUGCCAGUGAUUGGCAAAUACGUCGUUGAUAUGCUGGAGGGAAAGUUGUCUCCCGAGUACUCUGAGCUAUGGAGCUGGAAGAAUGGUGAAACGCCUGAGCAGGCCAACAACCCUCAUCCAUAUCCGGUGAGGGAGCUAUCAGAUCUCCAAGGCUGGUCCCAGAGACAUCUUGCAGGAAGUGGCAAACUGCCAUGGACUUGGAGCAAGCUUUAG